AUGAACCCACUGCGUGUUGCGCCUCCCACCUACACAGAAUCAUGCGAUCCACGGGUCGAAGAGAUGCCUCAAACCUUGUUUCUUCAUGGCGGUGAUGUCGCCGUUGAUAGCGUACAGCAGCUCUUUCAGUCACGCGAAGUGGAACGCACUGCGUUGGAAGAGAUCAGGAAACUUACGGCCACUGUCAACGAAAUACGUCAAGCCAACCGCCGGAUCCGCGACGAUCUCAGUUACUUCGACAAGGCACGGUUUCGCGACAAGAAAAAACGGCAGUGGAUUCAGCUCGGUCCCAAAUGGGAUGAGUUCUCUUUCAAAUUCGACGCAUAUCUCAAUGACAGCCACAAAAAGGCGGUAGACGCGUCCCUGUUCAUGAAACUGCUCACCAUCAUUCUCGACACUGUGUCCGAAAACGCUUCGAACGAUGUCAUGAACGGGGCGAAAUCCGAGCUCCAAAAGCUUAUUGAAAAAGCCGAUGUCAAAAGCGCGGAGGCGUGCAGUACCACUUCCGAAUUCGAUGAGCUCGUCAAGGAACUGUCAAUCUUUCAGACCGAUAUCCAGAUGGCGCUGGACUGCGCUGGAGAGCCAAUCACGUCAGCGCUCAAAUCUGCGAAGGAGAAGUUCGACAGCAUAGAUGCGCAGUUGAAACGGUGUAGUACGGUGUUGACAGUUCAUUUCUGCGGUAGGGUGUCAGCGAAGAUGGAUGGAUUGGGGAAAGAAAUCUCAGAUAACGUGUACAAAGGAUGCUCUGCGUUAUCGGAAGUUUUCCGCAAUUUGGCGCCUUCAGCGAUGUAUAUUGUCACGACCACUACUCUCAAACUCGCUAAGUGCAAUGCCGGUCUAGUCACUGCUGGCUUCGAACGACAGCGUCUUGAGGAAGAGCUCACCAAAGCGAAGGUCAGAGUGGAAGAGCUCGAAGGGCCCAUGAAAAGAUAUCAACUCUAUGGGAAGAGACUCGCCAGCACCAAGGCCGACGUCGAGCACCUUGGCGAGAAACUCCAGACCCUGGCCUUCAUCUGGAAGAACAUACAAAUGGACAUGCACGAACUCCGGAAAAUACUCGACGUAAUCUCUGAGCACGAUGACUCUAUCAACAAAAUAUUUUUCUCCAAGAAGAUGGAUCUCUUGAAAGACGUGAGCUCGCGACUGACGCCUAGCCCGGGUCUGCAUCACCACGAACGACGUCACUUCGUGCUCCUCACAUACGGUACCUGUCGAGCAGAGUGGUCACGGCUUGCCAGUUCUCCACGGACGAUAUCACGGACGACACAGUCGAUGGUUGUCCUGCGUGAUCCUGAGCUGGUAGGCCUAUCGACACAAUUAUUUCAACGCCGGACGAACCUUCUGCGGGAUUGCGGAAAACACGCUCUUGGCGAGCUGCGGCCGCCUCGCCAGCUCAUCUUCCACGAGCUUGAUGGUCUCGAGCACUUGGCCGAUCUCGGUUCUCGACUUGUCGGGGCGCCCAUGGUGACCAUCUCCGGGAGCGUGCGGCGUUGGAUCCUUGUGUCGAGUCGCGUCGAGCGGCCAGGCGAGAUCGCGGAGAACGCGCUCAUGCUAGCUGGCGUUUCGGAACUGCAGAAGAUCCCGAAGAAUGUCGUUAAUCAAUGGCCGGAGAAUGCACUUCGCGUGGUGGGUGCCGAAAAAUCGGACAGUGUUGUAGGAGGUUGUUCCGUUCUAGCUAUCUGA